GCCCUGGAGCGAAUCUGAGUGGUUCGGGUUCUGAAAUAGCGCAGACAAGGGCUGGGGAGAUGGAGAGGAGGGGGUUUGAUUUUGGAGGGUGGCGUGGAGUGGCGGUGGGGACGGGAGAGAGGAGUUCUCGGCAUUUCUCCAGCCCGGCUUCCGGGCCGCUAGCUCGGCGCCGCCUCCCCGGGCGCGCUCCGGGAGUCCCCAGGUUCAGGCCGCCGGCGGCUCGGCUGGCGCCGGGCGAGGCUGCCGGGGAUGCGGAGAAGCCGUGCGCUCCACAGCGCUGCGGUGGGGGGCUUAGAGAGGGCUCCAGGGAGGUUUGCAGAGCCCCAGGCUGUGUGCACGUUGGGCCGCUGGCCGGCUGUGGCUAUGCACGGUCCGAAGUUCUUCCGAGUGGGCGCGGGUCCCGGAGCCCGUAGGGACAGAGGCGUCCUGGGUAAUAGGACCGACUGACCUGCUGCGCGCGCGCACACAUACAUACACAUACACACACAUACACACACCCCCCUCCAUAGGGGGCGACGGCAGCAGGAGUGUUGAGUCUAGGUUCCGGUACAGGGACGUGCAGAGCCUCGGUCCCGGGCACGCGCAGGCGCGCCUGCACUCACAAAACACGCUUGUUUUAGGGGCAGGCGACAAGGCCAGCGCUGAAAAAUGCUUCAGCGCGACCCCACCGACCGCUCAGGCCUCCGUAGGCGAGAGACACAGCUCCAAGGCUGGGGUCAGGAAGGCAAACGACCCAGAUCCGGACCCAGGAGGCGGGUGGGGGAUGGCAGGUCCCGCUCAGUUUCCCUCCGAGUGGGUCUCUGGGACCCAGCGAAGGUGGAGCAGGGAGACCCUGAAGCCCGGGGCUGGGGGCUGCCCCGUUUGCUCAGCCCAAGGAGACCCGUGGCGGGAGCGUCCUCUCCCUGGGAGAGGUGGGAGUUAGCCGCGCCCAGCGCACACAGACUUAGGAGCCAAGUAGUUGUAGGUUGUCUUUGCGCGUCCUCGUGGCUCCGGAGACGAUUUAGAAUUUGGAAUUUGAAGGGAUCGCAAAGCACAUCACAACCUGGGGCAGGGGGUACACUUACAACCGCGCUGGCUACCUCUGAAGCCUGUGUCCUCUCUCAGCCUCGCAGUCCCUGCAGCGGCACAGUCGUGUAUGGAGCUUUGGGCGGGGGCUGAGCCCGCGGUCUUGUCCCCCGCCCGCCGCACCAGCCAUGCGGUCCCCUGGGCGCGCGGAGCCCCGGCUGCCAGGCCUCCGGGGCUGAGCCGGGAGCCGCGGGAGAAGGAGGCGCGGGCCGCGGAGCCGGCACGGGAGCCGCGGCGGCGGGCAGCGCGGCGGACCCAGUACUAUGGCUGUGUACUGCUAUGCGUUCAAUAGCCUGGUGAUCAUGAAUAGCGCCAACGAGGGGAAGAGCGGCGGCGGCCCCGGGCCCAGCGGCAGCGAGACGCCCCAGUCCCCCGGGAGGGCCGUGCUCAGCCCCGGCAGCGUUUUCAGUCCUGGGAGAGGAGUCUCUUUCCUCUUCCCCCCAGCCGAGUCGCUGUCCCCCGAGCACCCCCAGAGCUCCGGGGGCUGGAGGAGCAGCCGGCGCAGGCUGAAUAGUAGCAGCGGCAGCGGCGGCAGCAGCGGCAGCAGUAGCAGCGUGGGCAGCCCGAGUUGGACUGGCCGCCUGCGAGGGGACGGGCAGCAGGUGGUGGCCGCCGGUACCCUCUCCCCGCCAGGGCCAGAGGAGGCCCAGAGGAAGCUGCGGAUCUUGCAGCGCGAGUUACAGAACGUGCAGGUGAACCAGAAGGUUGGCAUGUUCGAAGCGCACAUCCAGGCUCAGAGCUCCGCCAUUCGAGCGCCCCGCAGCCCGCGUCUGGGGAGGGCUCGCUCGCCCUCCCCGUGUCCCUUGCGCAGCAGCAGCCAGCCCCCUGGAAGGGUCCCCGCUCAGUGUGCCGGGAGCGAGGAACGGAGGACAAAGUCUUGGGGGGACCAAUGUCCAGAGACUUCAGAGGCUGACCCUGGGAAGAGAGGAAGGCCCAGCCCCUCGCACAACAAGGAGGGAGUGGCAGCUCUCCCGGGCCGGACUGUCCCAGCAGAAUCAGGGGCUCAGGAUUCAGCCGUGUUGAUGAGGAUGGAGAAGGGUGUACCUGCCAGUUCCCCCUGUGGAUCACCCACAGCUAUGGAAAUUGACAGAAGGGUCUCUCCUCCGGGAACUCUGAGCUGCUCAGCUCCCUCAUUGGGGCUGGUUGGAGCUAGCUUAGUGGUGGCCAAAGACGUCGCAGCGAGAGCCGCAUCCACUGGGCUACACCGUCCACAUGAUCCUGCCCUCGUUGAGCAGUCUGGGAGGGCUUGCAAGCUUGAAGAUCCGCACCCCUGGGAGACCCUGGAGAUGAGGCAUGGCCAAUUUCUGGGCAGUGAGACAAGCCCAGCCCCAGAGAGAGGUGGGCCCCGAGGAGAGCCUCUUGGGAAGAUGGGGAAAGGAAAUCUGUCUUGUGGCGCAUGGGGCUCCAGAGUGCCUGAAGUGGUGGAAAGGCCAAAGGAGAAGACAGUUAGUGUGCAGAGCUUGGAGCCCUUUGAUGCCCUGAGCUUGUCCAGGCCCCCCAGAGACUUGGGUGCAGUAAGCCCCGACAAGGUCCGAAGUGGUGCCCUUGUGGGCGGGAGCCCUCGGCAGCCCUCGGCCAGAGUGGAGGAAGGGUCUCCAACAAGGGGCUUGCUUGGCGGAAGCCGGUCAGCACAGCUGGGGACCAGGGAGGUGGAGGCGGGAAUUCCUUCUGGCAGAAUGCUGGAGCCUUUGCCUUGUUGGGAAGCGGCAAAAGAUCUGAAAGACCCUCGGUGCUUUCCUGGGGACAGGAUGGGUGCCCAGCCUGGGAGCUCCAAGGCUUGGCAGGGCCCCAUGGAGCAAGCUGGUUUGGCCUGGACGCGUGGCACAGGGGUACAGUCUGAGGGGAAUUGGGAAAGCCAGAGGCAGGAUACAGACACCCACCCCAGUGUGGAGCUGCUGACCCCAGAUCAGAAGGACAAGCCUUUUCUGAGAGAGGCCUGCAGCCCCAGCACCAUACCUGCGGUCAUCAUUACAGAGGUGGGCGCCCAGGAGCACGUUGGUUUGGAGGAGGUACAGGGAAGCCCUCUGGGCAACUUGCCCCUGAGGAAACUGUCCUCUUCCUCGGCCUCCUCCACGGGCUUCUCCUCAUCCUAUGAGGACUCAGAGGAAGACAUCUCCAGUGACCCUGAGCGUACCCUGGACCCCAACUCAGCCUUCCUACAUACCCUGGACCAGCAGAAGCCCAGAGUGAGCAAAUCAUGGAGGAAAAUAAAAAACAUGGUGCACUGGUCUCCCUUUGUCAUGUCCUUCAAGAAGAAGUACCCCUGGAUCCAACUGGCGGGACACGCAGGGAGUUUCAAGGCAGCUGCCAAUGGCAGAAUCCUGAAGAAACACUGCGAGUCGGAGCAGCGCUGCCUGGACCGGCUGAUGGUAGACGUGCUGAAGCCCUUCGUGCCUGCCUACCACGGGGACGUGGUGAAGGACGGGGAGCGCUACAACCAGAUGGACGACCUGCUGGCCGACUUCGACUCGCCUUGUGUGAUGGACUGCAAAAUGGGUGUCAGAACCUACCUGGAGGAGGAGCUCACAAAGGCCCGGAAGAAGCCCAGCCUGCGGAAGGACAUGUACCAGAAAAUGAUUGAGGUGGACCCGGAGGCUCCCACCGAAGAAGAGAAAGCACAGCGGGCUGUGACCAAGCCUCGGUACAUGCAGUGGCGGGAGACCAUCAGCUCCACAGCCACCCUGGGGUUCAGGAUUGAGGGCAUCAAGAAAGAAGACGGCUCUGUGAACCGAGACUUCAAGAAGACCAAAACGAGGGAGCAGGUCACCGAGGCCUUCCGAGAAUUCACUAAAGGAAACCAUAACAUCCUGAUUGCCUACCGGGACCGGCUGAAAGCCAUUCGAACCACCCUAGAAGUUUCUCCCUUCUUUAAGUGCCACGAGGUCAUCGGCAGCUCCCUCCUCUUCAUCCAUGACAAGAAGGAGCAGGCCAAGGUGUGGAUGAUUGACUUUGGGAAGACCACGCCCCUGCCCGAGGGCCAGACCCUGCAGCAUGACGUUCCCUGGCAGGAGGGGAACCGGGAGGAUGGCUACCUCUCGGGGCUGAACAACCUCAUCGACAUCCUGACAGAAAUGUCCCAGGACACCCCAGUCGCCUGAGGCCACCCUGCCCACCACCUCAGCCUUUUUGUCUCCUCCUUUGCCUCUCUUCUCUUUUUUAAUUUUUCCUUCACUUCUACCUGGGCCCAAGGCCCAGAACUGACCUUCCUGAACUGCACUACAAGACACUUUGUAGAAGCCAAGAGAUGAGAUUUUCUAGUUUUCCUAACUUUAGGGCUUGGAGGUGGCCUUUCCAUUGCUCUUUGUAAAUAGAAUCACCUCUCGAAGUGAAAUGCCCAGACCUAGGCUUCGUGGUCUAUAGAGGGUAGAUGGGUUUAGAGCUGGAGGGGGAGGUCUCUGGCUGCUGAGGAGGCCCUGCCAGCAAGCCCUGCCUCUGGGAAGACCUAGGCCGCGCUGGCCCGGCGGGCUACCUAUGGAGGCCUGCUGCCCCCUGGAGGCCAAUGUGCUUAGCGCUGCUGCCAAGCGCUCCCUGUUUCCGCCAGGGCCUCCCAGCCAGGGUGCCAGUGCGCAGGCCAGGUGCCGGGUGCCUGGUACCUGGCCUGGAAGCCCAGCUUUCUGGUAGUUAGGGCACAAAACCACAGGGAUACCACAUGUCGUCCAUGGCUGAAGUACCUUCCAAUGAGCAGCUCCAGAGGCUUCAGAGAUGUGUCCUUUCUAGGGCUGCUAAAACAAGGACCCCUGUCCAUCUGGCAGGUGAGGCUAGAAACUCUUCAAGGGCUUUGAGCCAGACCCAGGAGCAGGAGAAGGCUGAUGCAACCUUGGCCUUCCCAGAAGGGAGCAGGCAGGAGCUAGCUCUGUUCUCCCACCUGCAAUUGCCACUGUGGUUUCAGAGGGCAAGCCGCACUCUGGGCUGCCACCUGGGGGAUGGAACCUGGAGCAUCUCUGGGACCCUGCCCCCAGGGGAGGAUGCUCUUCUUUUGCCCCCCACCUGCCUGGUGCUGAUGGGCCCACCCUACCUGCAUACUGGGGGUUUCUCCUGGGACCCAGAGGCCCUGACAGAUCCAGAAAGGAGUGGGUUGGAGGGGCCUGCACCAGGCAGAGGGGAGGCAGGAUUCUGGCUUACUGGCAUCAUUUUUUAAAAUAUCCCCCAAACAGGUCUUCUGGCCUGAAGGGCUUAGAGCCCUGUUUCUCUAAGGCAGUGUGGAGAGCCUUCAGGGCAUGUGAAGGGACCCAGGGGGUGCUCCAGGCAUUCCUUACUGGGCUCCCCUGUGCUGCUUGAAGAUUCAUGGGGAACCGUUUUGAGCUUUAUUUUAACUGAAAGCCAGUAAGGCUGUAUUAUUGAGAGGAAUGUAAGAUUCGUAUGAGUUUUUAAGAGCAAAUCUUCCAGAUCCAUGGCCAGUGGCUCUGUGCCCCCCUCCCCAGGCCCCUCAGGGCUCACCGCUCCCUUCUCUGCUAUCAGGUCCAGGAGCCCAAGGAGUAGUCCUGAGGCUCUAGCUGGACACCGGGCCAGCGGGGCUGCUGCCGGGACACAGAGGGAGAAAAUGUGGACCAAAGUGUGUGCGCCUGGAGGGCUCGCUGCUGUGGGGUGGGGGGGCGCCCCCAGAGUCUCUGGGGGAACUGCCCACUUGCCCACAGGACAUGUAUGUUUCCUUCUAGGGCUGGGUGCAGGAGUGACAGUUGGUGGGGGUGGACGGUAAGACACAUGAGGAUGUAUAAGUACAGAUUUUAAGAAAGGAAAUCACUUAAACUUCCUGGCUCUUGUUGAAAAUAGUGGUGAGCGCCUAUGUGGGCUGACUUGCUAAAGGUCACACCCCCGCCCAAGCUGAGCACGAGAGACCUCGUGACAGCACAUGAUCUGGAAGGCAGGCAGGACGGGGGCGUGGGGAGCAAAGCCAGCUCCGGGUCUCCAGAGCUGUCAUCCUCUUCAGGUUAGAAAGGACCCCGGUGGUCUAUGUUUCAGCCAUUUGCAAGGAAGGGGCAACAUUAAUUCAGACAUGGAAAUUCUAUAACUAUGGACUGGCCAACAGUUACCCUCAUUCCCUCUACGAAAAAAGUUUGCUAAAGCAAAUUAAUGAUACGAACAAAAAUUACAGGGGAGUGGCUUAAACUGUUGUAAGAGAACAAAACUUUCCAAGCACUUUAAGCAGGCACCAGUUGCUUGCAAACAAUGUGCUAAUAUGCAAAUGAUUUGUUUAUUGAGGGAGGCCUAUGGGGCCUCUUAUUGGUUAAUAUUUUGCUUUGGGUUAUAUCAUAUGUGUGAAAGUGCUAUACAGUGGCAUCAUAUUAGGGUUAUUCUAAUACUUCGGGGGUUUUGGUUUGUUUUGUUUUUUGUAUUUACCAUGCUAGUUGUCCUCUUUCACGCCUACUCUGUCACUCAGAGUACCCACCCCUUUGUCCUGCCAUCUGGCCUUUCCCCCUUGUCUGUGUGGGAUAGAUGGAUCCUGGAAUGGAAUCUCCCCGAACCCCUGCCCUAGCUGUCUAAAGACCAUGCUUGCCCAGCCCUGGUCCCCCCAGGGACUCCUUGGGUCCUGGCUCUGCAGGUGUCAGGAGGUGGCACAAACUAUGCACACCUGUGCACAGGUGAGUGGGUGCUGGGCCCUCCCGCUCUGUCCUCCUGGGCUCCCUGGGGUUCUUGGUGUUGAGCACUGCUUAGCGUUCUCGGGAAGGUUUCCUCAACUGCUUUUCUCAGACUUGCCUUUAGUGUCAUGUAAGUUUUUAAGUUAUAUUUAUUUUGUCGGUUUUUAAAAUUGCACAGAACACUAAGACUGAAAGGCUGGCCUCUUUCUCCUUUAGAGCUUUGACUUCAUUUUGAACUUCCUUUCCCACUCGUAGAAACAGCCUGGAAGCAGCCCUGGCCCCCAGGGUGGACACUUGCCUCCUUUAGUUGUAUUUAGCUUUGAGUUUCUCUGCACCUGUCAACCCUGUGUGUAUAUAACCCAGCCCCUUGCCAAGGGUGUUCACCCUGUCAGUGCCUUCGUUCUGGAGGAGAGGAUCUCCCCUGCCAGAGAGGCCUUCCUUCCCUUCUGCACCCCUCUCCCCACGGGAUCUUGGAGAAAACUGAACUGUUAGAAACCCCCUGCACCAUGCCUGUCAGACAGACUGCAGUGUAUAAAUAAAGGCCCUGGAGACCA